UAGUAAAAUCUAUACAGAAAGGCAUUUUGAAUAUCUUCUCUUACUGCUCGUUCCUGAUGCGUCAAAUCCAUCUGAAUUAAAAGUAAUCUUGGAAACGAUGGGGUACCUGAAAAAAUGGCACAAAAGGCAUUUCUAAAGAACCUGUUUCUCUUUUUGUGCUACUACAAAUAUAGAAAUGGCUUUCUGAAAGCUUCUAACAGGAAGAUUACACUGAAUGUUAGAUAUUUGAUGUGUGCUGAAAAAGGCCUUUAAUAUUACAAAAGUAGAGUCCUUAAUCCAAGGUUCAAAUGCCUAUUUUAAAGGCAUUUGGCAUUAUAUUUAAACAAAGCUACUGCAGUCCCUGCAGCUGCAAAUUGCAGGGAACAAAUGCAAAUCGCAAGAGUUCACACUGCAAGCUCUGAAAAGUCAUCAAAGCCUCCAAGUGCUUUUAAAGAAUAACAUAUAAAAUGCCACAAGACCUCACAAGCUACCCUGCAGGAAUCCAUUGCUUUUUACCUGAUAGAGCAGUGAAGCUAAGAACUUCAAUCCUUUCUUUUUCCAGAGCCUCUGUGAAAGUGCAAAUAAGCACCCAGUACACAUACAUACCAUGAAAAGAAAAAACAUAGACAUCUUCUAAAAAUUCACAUGAAACUUACAAGUUACAUCACAAACUGCAUCUAUGCCAUGCCACUGAAGAUGGAUAAAUUAACAGAAAAGUUUUGCAAUGCUGCUGCCAGGAGACAUUGAUAGUAAGGAAAAAAUCUAUAAUCACCUGAUAUUUCUCAGCUGCCACAACUUGUAGGGUGAAUUCAACUUUAAAUAAUACCUCUCAUCUAGCGAAAAGUUAUCCCUAUUCUGUUGAUACAAAAUUACGUGCAGAAGGAGGUUAUAUAAGAAUUUUUAAAACCUUCAUUUUAAUUCAGUAGUGUACAAAGGCAUUAUGUACACUCUAUCACCAUUUUGGAUACCUAGUAAUUUUACAAAUUGAAAUGCAAGUUACAAAAUAAUAUAGAAUGUAAUAAUAGAAGGCUCUAUGUAAAAUAGAAUGCAAUGUAGAAGGCUCAACCAGUAAAGCUGCAGAUCAUUUCCUUUUAAACCUUUCGUUCUCCUAGCAGUACAGAAGUAAGACUAGUAGGAAUGUCACAAGCCAAUAAAUCAAGUGGGAUAUAAAUUAAUUUCUGAAAGACAUCUAAUUUUAAAGCUUGGAAUACAAUAAAUUAGCAGUUGUAGAAAGUGGCCGUCUUCUUUUGGUUAAGCAGAAGAGAACCAACGUGUUUAAUUCAAAGGCAUCAAAGGCAUUUGCUCCUGGGCAACCUGAGCAUGCCCAUCUGAGGACGUUACACAGAAUCACAGAAAUGCUCAGGUUGGAAAAGACCUUAAAGAUCAUUGAGUCAGACCACAACCUAACCAUACUACCCUAACUCUAACAACCCUCCUCUAAAUCAUGUCCCCGAGCACCACAUCCAAAUGGUUUUUAAACACAUCCAGGGAUGGUGACUCAACCACUUCCCUGGGGAGCCUACUCCAGUACAUUUAUACCACGACAUCCAUGCUCUCCGCUUCUGGGCUGCCCCAACUCACAUUAAAGAUCAUUCUGCAGCUUUCUUAAAGGUUUUGCUCUCAAUGUUUUCUUCUUCCCAUUAAGAAGAAAUUUUUAAUUUCUCCAAUCCUGAGGUACCACCCCCAUUCAUGUGUCACAACACUACCGGACGUUAUCCCCUGGCCCCGAUGAAAAGCUGUAUGCAGUCAAUUUUCAUCAAGUCAAAGGGCAGAGAAGUGUGAGGGGGAAUAUACAGGAUAAAACCUUCCAAAGAAAAAAACCUGAUUCCCAAAGCCUGAGGGUUUCUUGCCUAUUUCCUAAGGCUCCAAAGUUGAGAAAAGUACAAGAAAACUUUCCACUCCACUGAAGUUAUUACUAACAGGCAGGUGGAAACUGCUCACACGUAGGGUUAUUUCUGAGCUGGAUUUGAUUUUCUUAUUAGCAAGGCAGUAAACAACAACAAAACAGACCUUGCAGUAUGAGUGCAAGAGAUGGUGCUCACCUUGAGCCAGGCUCAAAUCAAGCAGCAGGAAGAGCCACGUCACACUCAGCUAAACCAGCAACUGCAAUUUGCACUUCAGCAGGCAAGCCCUCACCUGCAGGACAAAGCAACUACCCACUGAAGUGUGAGGCAGGAACACCAGCUACACAUUGCAUGUCUUCACAGAACAGCAACUCUUCAUUUUCCACAGGGCUGUGUGCAGGCAGGAACUCAGGGUCUGAGCAGAAGGGAGCCUCACCAUGUCACAGCCCUGCUGGCAUCCUCGUUCCACCACUCAUCCCCUGCGGGCAUUCUCAACAAUGACACUGCCAUUAUUGCUCUUUCCCAAUGAGCGAUGGGCCUGCUGGGAUUUUACAGCCUUUGGUACCUUGUAAAAUUGCACUGCACUCAGUACUGCUGCAAUUCCCAUGGGCCUUCUAAUUUUGUUGUUAGUAAAUUGAUUGAUAAAAAUGGCCACAGAUAAAAGCGCUUGACUGCAUACUACUUAAAAACUUCCACUGAUGCAGCACAUUAAUUCUCUGCAUGAUUCACAUGCAACAACUACUCUACAGCAGCAUUAAAGAUGCUCCUCUCAGUAAAAGCAUUCCUAUGAUGUUUUAUUUUAAAAAGAACAUGCCUGGGGGCCGAGUACACAGCACAUGCAUGGCAAAAAGAAGGGACCUAGCCCUGGGAAUCAAAAACAAAAAAAAGCUGACUAAGACAAGACCAACACUGAGCACACGGCUGAGCAGAUCCGGAUUUCUCAGAGGAUACAACUCCCCUACAAUUCCCACUGUCCCUACUAAUUUCAAACACAGGUCACCAUCACGUGAUAAGGUCUGUCAUUUGAAGAAAGAAGAAAUGUAAGCCAUGUAGCACACAUCAGCCUAGAAUAAUCAUUAACAGUAAAGACAAAUGUAAUGAUGUAUAUCAGUCUGCUCUGCAAUGCUGCUGACAGCCUCAGACAGAAAGACAGAAACUACAUCUGGGAAAAAAUGGGUCCUGGAGGUUGUACACAGCCUUGAUUAUGCUCCUGGAAAGUAAAUCUUGUCCUGCUUUCCUGUUGUAUACACAGGUGCCUGGAGAGCAGCCUGAAUGCCCAAGCUUUUGUCCUCAACUCUCUCAGGCCACCUCCGUAGCUUUUGUUUUACACAGCGUGGCCUGGCACCCCUACUGUGACCAAGCUCAAUGCUCAUUACAGCACCGUCUAUAAAUGUGACCUAAUUUUUAUGCUUGAGUGUCAACAUCUUGGACCUCUGCCUCUCCAGGGGGCAUGCAAUGGGUCAGGAUCUCACACAGCUGCCACUACAAACUUAAAGGUCAGGUGUUGCAUAGAUAGCUAAGUAAGUAAAUAAAGGUUUUAAGUUGAACACUACCUUGAAUGCAGGUGCAUGAAUAAAGAAGCUAAAAAUCACUUUAUCAGCAGUCAAGCUGCUAGAGAGCUGUUUGCAACCCACUGCCACCAACCAGUUCUCUGAGAUAGGGUACGAAAUGGCAUAGGAAAUAAGAGGGCUUCCAGAGCACUCCUAAGCUUCACACAUCUGUCAUGAUACACUGCUCCAGUGCAAAGUCACUCCAGAUUCCAAAGAAGAGGAAAAGGUGCUGAGAGGACUGAGUCACUCUCCACAUCACAACAGGCUGCUGUGCUGCACGUCUGCUUGCUUGGGAGCAACCGCAUUUUUAGCGGUGUGAAUUACUCAGAGAGACAUUCACUAUCUGUUACCUGUGGUCAUAAAGUGGAAAACUUUAUGUGGUGAUAACAACCACCACAGUUACCUGCAACUUGCAUUUAAAGAUUAUCAACUGGACAAUAACAGAGUGCUUAUCAGGUUUCUUGAAGCACAUCAUUUUAGACUCAAAGGGAACAAGUCAGGGCAACUGAUGCAACUGGAAAAAAACCACAUAUUUUCAAGACUCAGUAACCCUCUUCCUGGUCUGAAAGUGCUUUACAUAAUCUUGCCUCAUUUGGGGAAGCCUUAAGACACAGACUGCUUGUGCAGACAGCGGCGUACCCUACCCAUCAGGUACACGCAGUUCCUCAGUCCCCUGCACUACAGAAUCACAGAACUGCUCAGGUCGAAAAAGACCUUCAAGAUCAACUCCAAUCACAGCCUAACCAUGCUACUCUAACUCUAACAACCCUCCACUAAACCGUGUCCUUGAGCACCACAGCCCCAUUCACGCAGGCCUCGCAUAGCCUUUUAUCGUAGGGCACUUCCAAAACCCUCCUGGCAUACGGAGGCUCACAGACAGUCCCGCCUGCAGGUGACAAGGCAGCGCUGGGGGGGGGAGGCGCUCUGACAGCACUGCCUCUCAGCAGGGCCCGGGCGAGGAGCCUGCGAGCCUCCCCCGCAGCCGCCUUACCACAGGGGCACGCACACCCACGGCAGCUGCCGAUGGAGCCAGGACCUCCCUCCCCUCCCCCGCUAGCCGUCCCCCUCACAGCGCCGGCCUGAGGUGACGGUGCGCAGCGAGUGCGCAUGCCCGGCACCAGCAGCUCCAUUGCGACUGCGCGGCGCUGCCGACCGAGGGGGAGGGGAUCGCGCGCUCCCAUUCUUGCCCCGCGCUCGGCCCGGGGGGAAAAUGGCGAGCCUGAUUCCCGCGGCGACCUCAUCUCCCGCCGGCGCUCCUUCCCGUAGCAAGAAGCGCCCGGCAAGCCCGGGCACCGGCAGCGGUCCGGCCAAGAAAAAGAAAGUGGCGGCGUCGAGCGGCUCGCAGAGUGCAGGUGGAGAGGUCAUGAAUGAAAAUAAAUUUCUGAACACAGACUCCAGCACAGGAUCAGUGGAAACAGCCGUCAAGCCGUUACCAUUUAAAGAUCCAAACUUCAUUCACUCCAGCAUUGGUGGAGCAGCAGCUGGCAAGAAGAACAGAACUUGGAAGAACCUAAAACAAAUUCUUGCUUCUGAAAGGGCAUUGCCAUGGCAACUAAAUGAUCCUAGCUACUUUAGUAUUGACGCUCCUCCAUCCUUUAAGCCUGCAAAGAAAUAUUCAGACAUUUCAGGACUUCCAGCAAAUUACACAGAUCCCCAGAGCAAGCUGAGAUUUAGUACUAUUGAAGAAUUUGCCUAUAUUCGGAUGCUGCCUUCAGAUGUGGUUACAGGAUACCUGGCUCUAAGGAAAGCAACGAGCAUUGUUUCCUGAAAAGACCAAGUAUUACUGUGUGUCACCUCUGAAAUGGUGCUAGGUUUGAGAAUUAUGACAGAGACUGCCUGCAGGAUUGAGGUUCCUUCAAACUCUCCAUUGAUAUUUACAUCUGGAAGUUGUUGAUGACACACGGAUUUGAAUGAACAUGUGGAUUUAAUUCUGACAAAUACUUACAUUUGUUACUUUUCCAUUUUGUAAGCAAUUUGGUUUGGUGGCCAAGGUAACUUAAGACCUUAAGGACAUGGAUCGGCACCAUAACGUCCAAGUUAUAUGUUAUAUUUCUUUAGAGACAGGAUUUCAUUCCCACUCUAUUUAUAAAGUACUGAUCUGGCUCAGAAGAAUAAACAGCCAGUUAAAUAAAGGAAAAAGUUCCAAGACAUUCCAGCUUCCAAGACCUGCCUUGCAGAUGUGCUUUCCAUUUGGCUAUGAAGAAGCUCAUCCCACCUGUAAAAAUCCAAGUUAACAUACCAGCUAAGUGCUGCUAUUGGGAUGAAUGCUUAUGGUACAGAGCACUGUGAACAGCUUCACAUUGAAGCUUCAUUGAAGAACAGUCGGCAUACAUAAAGGUGGACUCAAAGUCAUUUAAAAUAUCUUUAUGUGUAUGUAUAAUAGACUCAAGCCACAUCACCAGGAAACUCUUAGUUGUGACACUUGGUAUUUUUUGAGUGCUUCCUUCCCAACUCAGCUGUUCUGCCUCUGCUGGUUGGUUCAUCAUUAUUACUAAUCAGUACAGAAAAAGUACUUAUUUCCCAAACUUUUUAGGAAAGAUGCAAUAAUAGCAGGAAUUCCUCUGCCAGCAGCAUUCUGGCACUCAGAUAGUCUUCAGCAAGGCAGGACCUCCUAGAUGAGGGCACUGACCUUUGCACUCUGAAGUAACAGGAGAGUACGUGAGAGCAACUGAAGGUCAGAGAAAGGAGAAGGAAGGAGAGCUCAGCCUCUUGCUGGGGGCUGACAAGUACUUGCUGACAUCAGAAACAAUCGUGAUUUCCUGAAACUAAGCUGGGGGGGACGCGGGCAGUCCUUACUUCAUCCAAGUUCCAUCAUGGACAUCGUGACAUUACGCAGGUCCCCUCUUGGAGGGCACAAGGAGCACACAUAGGGACGAGUUAAUGUCUAAACUGCAUCUUCAAUGCACAUUUCUAUAGCAAUGAUAAUUAUUGGAACAGACGUUUUCUCAUUGAAAGAAUAAAUAACAGUAGUUUAAUCUCAACUCUAAAACAGGAAAAAUAGCUUAACAAUGGGGUACAUUGUUCAGUGAAUGUAUGUGGGACUCAUUCCUUGUUUUUGGUGAUCUAAUAUUUACAACAACAAAAUAAUUUGAAAAGUCUUUGACAUGCUUACAAUAGAUCUGUCAAAGAUCUGGAUACCAGAUAAUGCUGCAACUGUAUCACAGAACAAAAAAUAAUAGGACAGGAUAUUUUCCUUCAUGCCAGUAGGCAUCCAAGCCACAUUCUCUUUGCAUUUGAGUUUUAUAAUGGCUAUUUUAAUAGAAGAUAAGUUUAUAAGAUAAGCUUAACAUUAAUAUGAAAAGCAAACGCAGAACUGCUCUAAGAUCACUUCUGCUUUAAGUAAACAGACACCAGCUUAGAAAAUGAGAUUUCACCAGCUUAUUCUCUCCCACAAAUAUUUUCAGCAUUCUUUGAGAAUGACUGUUUAGGAGCACAGGCUCCCUCCCUGUCAGAAGUGUUCCAGGCACUCCUGCACUGAAUGCAAAAGUGUUACUUUUCCCAGCUAAUUUCUACUGAACGGUCUUCAUGCAAUCCAUUUUCAAAACCUAAGUGUCUUGAUGAAUUGGCAUCACAUAAGUAAACGUGGCUCUUAGGUUUGGCAAAAACGUUAUCGACUCCUCAGUGCUUUCUAGCCAUGCCAUGGCUACUGGAUUCCCAUCUCACUCCUUGUUUUUAACUUUGUUUGCUGCAGGCCCUCUUUUCUUGGUAUGCAGCACUCCACUUACUAGGCUGUGCAGUAUUCGUUUAAAGUCAGCCACUGAAACCAUGCAAUUUUACACUGAUCAACAGCAGUUUACUAUGUGCAGCAGUUAAAAGGUAUUUGUUUGAGCAGGAAAGUGAGAACAGAAAAGAUCCAGUAGCCAAUGUGUUGAUCAGUCCAACUAAGCUCUUUUUGGGAAUAGUGUUUGGGCUGCUGCUCUCAUCAGUGGCUUCUGGGAGAGAACUGCACAACAGCAGCAUUGCUGUACAGAGCAGAAAAUAUGGAUAAGUGAAGAACUACUCUGUGCCACAGACUAUUUUUGAAGUAUGUAUUAUUGUCAGCCUCAGAAGAAGUGAAAAUUGAGACGUGCAUUUAUAUUUAAGAGUAAUUCCAGGACAUAAAUAAAAGAAACUGAAUUUAAAUUGCAGAGGGGACUAAAGAAAGACAUUCAAAAUGACAAGCAAUGACAAAUACCAUUUCAGACUUUGGGAAAAUAUGUUUCGACAAAUACUGCUGACACACGUGUAAAGUGAAAAAGCCAGCAGUCACAGCAGUGACCAAUCUGUUGAUGUACAGAUAUUACUGCCUAGAAAGUAUCACCUGGGUAUGCUACAUACUACAGAUGUGGAUGGCUUCAGCCUGCAGUUUGUGGGGCAGCAAUGCUGGCAGCAGCAUUUCCAGAGGGAAGGCGUGUGCUGCAGACAGCUGAGAGCAGCAGCUUCCCCAGCAGCCGUGGCUGCUGCCUCCACCCUUCCCAUCCCUUUCCAGAUGGGAGAGCAGGAUUGCCUCGGCUCCUUCCUUGCUGCUUCCCUGCUAGUCUGUACAGCAGUUCCGCGCUUGAAAGCUCCCUGCCUCUGCCUUUUCCCCUGCCUUAGCCCCAUAUCCUGAAGAUCACCAAAGUGCAAUUUAGAGAGGCACUGCUCAUUUUGGAGCCCUGCUGUUUCACUGUCCUAUAUUCCCAUUUUCUCUUCUGAAAGCAUUGUAGAACCCCAUAGCAUUGCUCCAUAUAGUCUUUCACAGAUAAGAGUAGCAGGUGUGUGUGCAGGGAGACAUGCCUUCAUCUUUUUUGACUGAGACCAGCAAGUCUCAAAGCUCUUACAGCACAAGGUGACUAAAGUAAGUGCAAAGCAGAGGGCUCUGCACUGGCGAGGCUGCACCUUGAGUUCUGCGUUCAGUUUUGGGUCCCUCACUACAAGAAAGACAUUGAGGCAUUGGAGUGUGUCCAGAGAAGGGCAACAAAGCUGUGAGGGGUCUGGAGGACAAGUCUUAUAGGGAAGGGCUGAGGGAACUGGAAUUGCUUAGUCUGGACAAGAGGAGGCUCCGGAGAGACCUUAUUGUUCUCUACAGCUACCUGAAAGGAGGUUUGGUGAGGGACUAUUGACCCUCUUCUCCCAGGUAAUGGUGACAGGAUGAAAAGUAACGGCCUUCAGUUGUGCCAGGGAAGGUUCUCUUUGGAUAUUUGUAAAAACUUCUUUGAAAGAGUGAUGAGAUGAGACAGUGGAACAGGCUGCCCAAGGAGAUGGUGAAGUCACCGUCCACGGAGGUAUUCAAGAACUGUAUGGAUGUGGCACUGCAGGACGUGGUCAGUGGGCAUGGGUUGGCGGUUAGACUAGAUGAUCUUAGUGGUCUUUCCCAACUUUAAUGACUCUAUGACUUCUUAAUAAUGAAAAAUAUCAAAGUAUAAAUGAACUACCAUAAGAUUAAAAAGCUUUAGUAAAUCCCUUCUGUUAAGAAUAAAGCUCAAACUCACUGCAUAAUUAUUUUUUUUUCCCUGAAGAUGUAAGGUAGUAAAUUAAUCCAACAAUAAUUUAUUUCUAGAAAACUUAAAAUUGCCUCUAAUGUACGUGGUUUAUGUACCCAGACAAAAUAGCACAUAGCUUUUUCAUUCUGAAGCACUUCGGGGAAGAAGCCUUACAGACGAUGUUAGGUUCCAGGAAAAAUAAAAACAACUGACAACUGACUUUGUGCUCUGUUAACCAAGAACAGUCAAGCGGUAUUCUGCAUUACUUCUAAACAGCGCCAGGAUGGUGAUACAGCUAUUACUAGAAUUUGAAGAAAUCCAUUAUUUCCCUCAUUUUAGUGUGUGUGUCGCAAUUACAAACCACUUUUUCUCUGCUGGGUGGGUGGGCUUCAACAGAGUAAUACAUCAUGCAGUAAAUCACUGAAGUCCAUUUGAUAUCUGUAAGUGUUGCUUGGCUCGGUUUUCUACUAUCUGAGAAGCUGUACUGAAUGCAGUCUUUUCAGUUGAUUACCCUAUUGUAAAUCACAGCCUACAGACAGCAAUAGCAAUAAUCUCUUGGGAAAUCUAAUAAUAAUAACUAACUGCUUAAACUACUGCUAAGUAUGGCUUGUAUAGCUGUAUGCGGUUUAAGACCUCUGAGGUCACACACGUUAAAAACAGAACAGCAUUUUCUCUGACACUGUAACCUAAAAUCAAUAAUUGGUAUAUAAAACCUGAAGUGGCAGCAGACUAGAUAAGUUGGUUCGGGCACUCAGCGUGUUUACUGUUUGCAAACACAUUCUCUGGGCAUUAUCUCCUGCCAGCUGCUUGUGAGCGCUGUGCCUGUCACUUGGCUGCAGUAUAUCCAGCACAGCACUGCAGCCAGCUGCACUAGUUCAUGGGCUAUCCAAAGUCUUCUCCAGCAUCCCAAAUCUCACAUGCAAAUUUACUCUUAUCUCAAGUGAAGAAAUUGUUUACACCAUGCGUUGCACAUGCAAACAGUAUCUCUUUUCUCUCUAAGCCUUGGCUCCAAAGCAGACUUUGCAUCAAACAGAGAAGUACCCUAAAUGUACGAACUUAAUGUUUCAACGUAGAUCACACACCAGAAAGUUCUCAAUGUAAAAAUUUGGAAUUCCUCAAGACUGCUUCCUACCUUUUAAUGGGAGCAAUGAGUAACAGGGAAUGUCUGAAUUUAGGCUGUGAUCACAUCCAUGUUCUAAAGGACAGCAGUUUUCCUACACUCUUGAUUCACUUCUCCCAGGACAUAGAGGUCAUCACGCACACAUCACCUGCAUACUGUGUUUCAGCUCACUAUGUGCACUGAGAGGACAGAGGGGACAGAAUUAAGGAUCUGUUAACAUGCUGCUCUGUUGGCCAAAUCCUCUCACAUCUUCCAGCUUGGAAGCUGGGUGCUGGUAGUCCCUGCAUGUUCACAAAAGAGAGGGAAGGAGGGACCCCAUCCACACAGAAGAGUUUGUCUCUGCUCUGAAACCGGCUCAAACAAUUAGAGUGGUUAAUAGAGCAAUGCCUUUAGGCCACUGCUGCUUACAGAGUGUCAAGAAACUGUACAGCAUGCACUUCCCCUGCUCUGUGACUACAGCUCCAUCCCUCACCAGGUGGCUAAGCCAACAAAGAACACAGAAUACCCCAAGUUGAAAGGGGCCCACAAGGAUCAAGUCCAACUCCUGGCUCCACAUAGGACCACCCAAAAAUCAAACAAACAAACCCUACAUUUGAGAGCAUUGUCCAGAUGUUUCUCAAACUCCGGCAGCUCAGUGCUGUGACCACUGCCUUGAUGCUUUGAGGAGCCUGUUCCAGUGUCUAACCACGCUGCAGUGAAGAGCCUUUUCCUAACCCAGUGGGGCUGAAUAUAUGCAGGCAGACUCGUGAAUGGGAGUCUGCCUUCCGGCUUUGGACAAAAAUGCUCC